AUGUUUCCCCAUGAGCAUGGCGUGAGUAGUAACGCCGGUCUUCAUGUCCUUAUUCCUCGUCAGUGCUGGUCGGCUAACGGCGUUUCUCUGCUCUUUAGUCCCAAUGCUAUUACCCUGACGGGGUUCUUCUUCGUGGUAGUCAACCUCUUGACCAUUCUUUGGUAUAACCCAAACCUAGAUCAAGACUGCCCACCUUGGGUCUAUGCCAGUUGCGCCUUGGGAUUGUUCCUAUACCAGACCUUCGAUGGAAUAGACGGAAUGCAAGCCCGGAGAACCAAGCAAAGCGGACCGUUGGGUGAGCUGUUCGACCACAGCGUUGAUGCAUGCAACACCGCCCUUGGUGUGUUGAUCUUCGUAGCAUCGAUGAACCUUGGCCAGUCAUGGGCUUCGAUCCUGACUCUCUUUGGCUCCACCAUGACCUUCUACGUCCAGACGUGGGACGAGUACUACACCCAGGUUCUGACCCUGGGUAUCAUCUCGGGUCCCGUCGAAGGUGUUUUGACCUUAUGCAUUGUCUUCGGGUUCACGGCCUAUAUGGGCGGCGGUAGCUUCUGGCACCGCCCUAUGCUCGAGACCGUGGGUAUUCCGAAGUUGGACUUCAUGCCGGAGCAGGUAUACGAUAUGCCCUUUACGCAGUGGUACCUUGUCUACGGCGCCUUCGUUCUCUUCUUCGCCACCAGCUCGAGUAUUGUGCAUGUCAUGAAGGUUCGCAAGGAACGCGGUCAGGACCCCUUCCAGCCGCUCCUUGGCCUCCUGCCUCUGGUUGUGAUGUGGACUCUUGUUCCGGCUUACCUGUACCUCCAGCCCUACAUUCUGGAGAACUAUGCCAUCCCCGUGAUUCUGUUCGUCGGCCUGAUCAAUGCGUACGCCGUCGGAAGAAUGAUCUGCGCGCACUUGGUCAAGACUAGCUUCCCCUAUUUCAACAUUCUCCUUUGCCCGCUCGCCUUGGGUGUGUUGGAUAGCGCCGGACCGGUCUUUGAACUCUGGCCUAGCAUCCUGGGCGACGGAUCCGGUCAGGUUGCUUUCAUCUUCGUAUGCCUGGGACUGUCGAUUGGUAUCUAUGGCAGCUUUAUCCAUGACAUCAUCACGACGAUAUGUGAUUAUACUGAUAUCUGGUGUCUCAGCAUCAAGCACCCCUACGUCGAAGAGACGCAGACCGCCAACGGCGAUGCGUCCAAGAAAUCCCAGUGA